ACUCCCCCGCUGGCACAAGAGCGCGGAGCAGGCGGGAGCGUUUCCGGGUCGCCGAGCCGCGGCGCAUGCUGGGACCAGGACCCCGGAUAAGGCUAGGCGCUCGCUGUUGGAACCUUGCCGGGCACUAGCCCCGGGUCGCAGCACCGCCCUGCCGGUCGACUUUCCUUCCUCGGGUCAACACUGGAGGACACACAGGGUUGCUUCACCUGCGCUGGAGCCCCAGCCGCUCCUGUGCAUGAAGGCCCGGUGGUCUUUGGUCUCCCUGGGCCAUCUUGUCUGAACAGUGUGUCCCUGGUGACAAUCGGGCUUUAUUUUUAAGUAGACCAGCCCCGAAGCGCAGGACCUUGGAAUAUAACAUGUCCAUCUGUUUUUAAGCAAGUAAAUGUUUUAUUAAUAGCGUUAUUUGGACUGUUCGAAGAGAGCAUCACUCUCUUCCGAUCAAAAAAAGAUUUUGCUCAGAUUCCUUAAGUUAUGGCACAGGCAGGUGUGCCGUGUCCUUGCCCCGAAUCCUUAAAAAAACGUCCUUGGGAACGCAGAACUGAGCGGGACUGUCAGUGAUGUUGCAGAGUACUGGGAAAUCGAGGAAGACAGCUCUUUCCCUCCUGCCUCAUCCCCAAUUAUAUGAUGGCUCGGACCAUGGAACCCCUGGCAAAGAAGAUCUUUAAAGGAGUUUUAGCUGCUGAGCUCGUGGGCGUUUUUGGAGCUUAUUUUUUGUUUAAAAAGAUGAACUCGAGCCAAGAUUUCAGGCAAACAAUGAGCAAGACAUUUCCCUUCAUUUUGGAAGUUUAUUACAAAUCCAUUGAACAGUCUGGAAUGUAUGGGGUUAGAGAAAAAGAUCAGCAAAAAUGGUUGGAUAGCAAAAAUUAAGGGUAAGUAUGAUCUUAACUUAUUAUUCACUCUGACGCUGUCACUUCCUUUGUCUUUUGGGUUUCUGAGGGGCUUUCUUUUUCCUGAAAUUCUUCUUUUUCUUGAUGAUACUUUUCACAUCUCUGUUGUGGAGCCAAUCAUCACGCUCAGCUUCCCACUUGAGCUGUUUGAAACCUUUGAGGGGAGAAGACAGAUGAGUCUGGGCCCUGUGACCCCCAAAAGCUCCCAGACUAUAACUGCAUUCAGGCCAGGAGGCCUGCGAUUUCCCACCCUCUGUGUAUCUCCACCAUUUGUUGCCCUCCUCUACUGUCUAGGUGAGGAUUUUAUAAAUGAAAAUACAGAAGGAUUUAUACUGGAAAAUUGUUCUUUUCUGUUUUUUGAAAGAAUAGAAACUAGUGAUUAUAAUAACAUCAGGAAUAAUUACAAAGUCUUCAAGCCUGUAGGAGUAAACCUUUAGCCAAGUCUAAACAAAAUAGAAAUCUUGAAUCUCCAAGAAAAAACAUGUUUGGGUUGGUAGUUUGUGUGUCUGGUUUAUGCCUUGCUAUGUGACAGGCAAACUUUCUGCCACUUAAGGACAUCUUCAGGGAAGUCCCAUUUAAAAACUUGAAUGGCACAAGGUGACCUGGUAGUGCACAGUUGUAAUCUUACUGCUCAAGAAGAUGGAUGCUCAAGAGCCCAAGGUCAGCCUGGGCUACAGAAGACCCUGCUGUAGGAACAACCAAGUCAGUUACUCACUUGCAUUGUCUUUGUUAGCCAUGGCGUUCAUGCCAGUCGUAUCAAACUUGGAGCCCAUAUUUUCAUCCAACAGAUGACCAAACUUGAAAAACAGAAAGGAAGGGAGGCGGGGAAGGCUAUUAGAACCUUGAAAAGAAUGUAAAUAGCUAUCCUCUUAAGUCAGGAUGUUAGCCUCACCUCUUCAGCAGAGACAAACAGGCUGGAGUCAUUGAAACUUUUCUUCUUUUUCUUUUGUCCUUAAGAAAAAAAUGUGUAGGUUACUCAAAUGUGCACUGAUUUUCCAGAUCUGGUCCCCGACUAAUGUUUAUCUCUACAAGAAACCAACGGUAUCACUCAGGAUUACAAUCCCACAGCUGACAUGGAUGGAGUUUCUACUGUGUGAAACAAAAUAUAAAUUGUAAUUCAGAUCUUAUUCUUUGGCCUUGAAAAAGCUGACUGAAGAAUGUUUACUGUAUUAUCAAUAAACUUUUAUUUAUACUACUAAAAUAAAAUGUAUUAAAAACUC